GACUUUUCUCCCUCGUCAAUUAGAUCUCUUAAGCCCAGAUCCUAUGACUUUAUUAAACAAACAAUAAGCAAUCAAGCUAGCUAGCUAGCGAGCUAGUUUCGAUCUCUCUCUCCAAACAGACGCAAUGGCAGAAACGAACUCACCGUUACCGUUACUUUUCCGGAGACGAUCAAGCGGUGAAAUGAAGAAUCUGGCCUCCGUUUCCAGUAGCCUCUUACCGGCGUUCGGAACUGUGGUUGACGAUGGAUACCUGCACCUCAAGAAAUAUGUCAUCGCUCCUUAUGAUUUUAGAUAUCGAUGGUGGCAAACGUUUUUGGUAGCGCUGGUGUUGUACUCGGCAUGGGCAUCUACUUUCGAGGUAGCUUUCAAGAAAGCAGCCAAAGGGGCGCUCUUGAUCAUUGAUUUGGUGGUGGAUGUCUUCUUUGCCACGGACAUCAUCCUAACUUUCUUUGUCGCUUACUUGGAUAAAACAACCUAUCUCCUUGUCGAUGAUCACAAGAGAAUUGCAUUGCGAUAUGUGACACGGUUCUGGUUUUUUAUGGAUGUAGCAUCUACUCUGCCAUUCCAAUUCAUAUACAGAAUCGUCACUGGCAAAUGGCAUGCUGGUGAGGUCUUCAGUUUCCUCAACUUGCUUCGUCUAUGGCGUCUCUGGCGUGUUAGUGAACUCUUCAAAAGGUUAGAAAAGGACCCACGGUUUAGCUACUUUUGGACAAGACUCCUUAAACUAGUCACGGUAUUUGCGGUGCACUCAGCUGGUUGCUUCUAUUACUGGCUGGCUGCACGCCACAGAACACCAGCUAAGACAUGGAUUGGAAGCGAGGUUGAAGAUUUUAAGCACAAAAGUAUCUGGGUAGGCUACACCUAUUCCAUUUACUGGUCAAUUGUCACUCUCACCACAGUUGGCUAUGGAGACUUGCAUGCAGUGAAUACAGGAGAGAAGGUUUUUAACAUGAUUUAUAUGCUCUUCAAUAUUGGCCUCACUUCGUACAUAAUUGGUAACAUGACAAAUCUCAUCGUCCAUGCUGCAGUCAGGACCUUUGCCAUGAGAGAUACCAUCAAUGAGUUAUUGCGUUACGCAAGCAAAAAUAGACUUCCAGAUGGGCUGAGAGAACAAAUGCUGUCACACAUGCAACUCAAGUUCAAGACAGCAGAGUUACAGCAAGAAGAAGUGCUUCAGGACCUGCCCAAGGCAAUAAGAUCAAGCAUUUCCCAGCACCUCUUCCGCAGUACUGUUGAAAAAACCUACCUAUUCAAAGGAGUCUCUGAAGAUUUUGUUUCUCAGCUGGUAUCAGAGAUGAAAGCUGAAUAUUUUCCUCCGAAGGUUGAAAUUAUUUUACCAAAUGAGAUACCCACAGACUUCUACAUUCUAGUAUCUGGAGCAGUGGAUAUGCUCACAUACAAGAAUGGAAUGGAGCAGUUUUUGUCAAAACUAGGAUCUGCAGAUAUGGCAGGAGAAAUUGCAGUGAUUUUCAACAUCCCCCAACCUUUCAUGGUGAGAACGAAGAGGCUCUCCCAGGUUAUCCGGAUAAGCCAUCACCAUUUCAAACAAAUGGUGCAACCACAGAGUGAAGAUGGAAAGAUUAUUAUUGCUAACUUCAUGGAGCACUUGAAAGGCUUAAAAGAAGACAUGCUACAGGAAAUACCUUUCCUAACGGAAUUGCUGGCAGAGCAGAGUAUAGAGCCUAUAGCACAAAAUGAGAAGCAACAAAGCAGAGAAGCAUUGGAUUCCACAAAUGCAAAUCCAGAAGGAACACCAAACGCUUCCAGUCCUUCACUAAGUGCAAGCACCAUCCGGGUGAUAAUCUAUGGGCAUCAUCCAACCGAAGGAACAAUGUCUAGUGACAGAUUGGGAAAGCUCAUAUAUUUGCCUGACUCAAUCGAAGACCUCUUCAGACUAGCAGAGAAGAAAUUUGGAAAGAGAGGGAGCACAAUUCUUAUGGCUGAUGGCUCAGAAGUUGAAGAACUGAAUGCUCUGAGAGAGAAUGAUCACUUAUUCAUCGUUUAAAUGUUAAGGUACUAUUUGAUCAGU